CUCGGCUGUGCUCGCGGCGGCUGCGGCGGCAUCCUCCUCUCUUUUUCCGGCUCUCCCCCUCGUCCUCAUUCCCUCGCUCAUAUGCCUACCUACUGGUGCGCUCGAGGCACCGCAUCCUCCGCGCCAUUUCUGUCUCGCUCCUCGACCGAUCUCGUCUCCUGCGCGAGCUCAUUAGGCAGGAGUCGAUGACGCCUACGGCGCGUGCACGCUCGCGUACGCACAUCGCCUCGCGUCUCGCCGUUUACGCCGGCGAAAUUAUUUCGGGCGGCCGCACUUACGCACGGCAGUUCGGAAGCGGGAGGCGCGCGAGAGCCGGAAAAGGAGAAAAAGAUGGCGAGCUGCCUGGCGGAGCGAGACGGAGGGGAGGGGGAAGGAGGAAUGCGCGCUGCAAGCAUCUCGAAACUCCGUCUGGCACUUUGCGGAUGCACCCCUGCAACGGCCGUAUUCGCGCGCGAGCAAAAGGAGGAGGCGGCAGCGGCGGCAGCGGCAGAGACUCGGGCCAGAUAGAUCGGCGAGGAGAUAAAGAUAGAAAGGGGGAGAGUUCGAGACACUCGCGCGCGCGCGCGCGCGGAAAACGGAAGCUGCGGGCCGCGUAGAAUAUGCAUUCCCGAACAUCGAGGCUGCUCGCUAGUCGCUUGUCGAGCGGAGCUGCGCCGUUCACGCCUCGCCGAGAUGAGAAAGAAUGCAGUUGUGUGAGUGCGCGCGAGAAGCCCGGCUCGGAGCGUACGAACCGGCAACAUUGCAGCGCGCAAGAAAAGGAGGACGGCAGCGAGGGAGCGAGCGAGAGGAUCCGCGUCAUAUGAAUGAAACGCGCGCGUACGCGAGCGAGCGAGACGAAGGUAGUCAUGAAUGGACGUUGGCAGUUGGCACGACGAGGACAGACUUAAUGAGCGAGAUAAAUAUAGAAGCGCGUGUGCAGGCGCGCCUGCUGCGCCAAGAUAGUGCAGCUACUGCUCCUCUGCGCUCCUCUGCGCUCCUCUGCCCUCCUCUGGCCUCCUCUGCCCUGAGCGUGUCGAUCCCGCUCGGGAGCAGUCUCGGGGGCUGGCGCUCGCGUAGCGCACGGAGCGACGGAGGAAAGCUCGGGCUCCGGCAGUCGAGCCGAAAUCCUCGCGCGCACCUCUGCAAGUGCGCGGAAGCACAUGCACACGCACGCUGGGAGAGCCGAGGCUAGUAAUGUUUUCAUUCAUCUCGAAACUUCAAUGAUAGCUUCCGUUCAUUCAUAAAAAGUCGGCUCCCUCCCUGUCUCUCGCGCUCCGCGCCACGCCUCGUCGCGACGUCGCCAGAUGGCGAUAGGUCCCCGGCCCGCGACGACACGGACACCGCAGCGCAGCGCUAUCCCCUCUUUUUCCUCGCGCUGCCGCCGAGCCAGACCCGCACAAUGCGCCCAUGUGUGCCGCCGCUCUAGUCUAUGGUCUCGAGAGUGAGCGAGAGAGAGCGAGAGAGAGAGAGAGAGAGAGAGACGCUGCCGGUGUGUGCACUGUGUAUAGGGGCAGGCUCCCCUCUCUCCCUCCCUCCGGCUCGCUUCCGGCCGGCCGCCCACUCGGCUCGGCGGCUCUCCGUCCGUCUCUCUCGCUCCCGCUUUAGUCGUCCCUCGGCGCUCGAUGCGCGCGCAUCGCACAGGCACACGCACAGGCACACGCACAGGCACACGCACAGGCACACGCACAGGCAGGCAAGCCGCAGUCCCCUCCCGGCGCCCGUUCACGCUAGCGGGGCUCCCUCUCGCUCGCACACGGGAUUUCCGGCGUCCGGUUGCAGCGGCGCGGAGCGCUCGUCGCGCUGUCGGGAAAAUUCGAUUCGCCGGCCGCAGCGGAAAUCUUGAAAUACGCGAGGGAGAGAGAGAGCCCUCCGUCCGUCUCUCUCUCGCUCCCGAUCCAUUCAUGCGCUAUAUUUGAAUGGGAGCGCGCCGUAGUAGGGCGCUGUCGCGUGAGCGUGCUGCGCCGCCGAGUUCCUGCCCCCCUCCCGCGCUCCCUCGCCGAGCUCAAUGAAGGCGAAGACUUCCAGCGUACGCUGCCGCCCGACGAUGCCGUCGGCUCUCUCGGAAAAGUGCGCUGCGAGUGUUGUGCAACGAGCGGCGGCCGAGUUUCCAGUGCGCGCGAGCAGCUGUCUCCGCGGCCCAUCCGCAGCGGGAGGCACCGGCGGAUCUCUCUGGUGAAUUUUCGGUGGGGAUGAAGCGCGCGUCGCGAGGGCGGGAGGAAGCGGUCGUGGAGCAUCCUGCUGCACCCUCGCUCAUGGAACGCCUAUGCCGCGAGCGCUACCACCUCGCGCCGCAGCAAGCAGCAGCAGCCACAGCACAGCCAAGCCAGGAGCCGCAGUCAACUGCUGGAGCCUGUCGCACGCCCCGUCAGCCACGCCGCCAGCAUCAGCAUCCCUCGGUCUGCGCACGCCCUCGUCGCAAUGGGCUAGCCAUCACCUGCACCAGCAGCACCAGCAGCACCAGCAGCACCAGCAGCACCAGCAGCAGCAACCACAGCGCAACACAGCCACAGCGACACCAACG